CCCACCCACCCCCUCAUGUCGAGAAACACCACCAAUCAAUAAAAAUUGGCACCAGACCUGUUUAUUUGAAAUAGUAACUGACUCAAAUUUAACAUUAUGCCGUAUUGAACAUGAACUAGAACCAAUAUUUAUACAAAGAGUUGGUCAACAAUGGGCGAUAUCAACAAGGAACGAAACAAAAUGCCACCGAGUCACACAGUUAGAACAAGGCGAACAUGCGAUAACAAGAAAUAAUGAAUUAACCAUCCCACCAAUUGCAUUGAUCACCAUAGACAAAUCAACAGCAUGGAGCCGUGACAAUUUCUUCUUACCAAGCAUUACAAAUGGUACCAACGAAUUUAUCCCAAUUAUUGGUAACAAAAAACUGAAUUACGACGAUUCGAAUCUCAUUGAUUUACACAAAGCUAUGAGUAAUGACACUCGAUGGGAAAAAAUACCAUAUAUACCAGGUAAUAUAAAAAAUAUAAUUGAAUAUUUAAUGACAACAGCACCAACCACGACAGUCACGUCAACAUCAUGGUAUCAACAUGGACUAGGAAUAGGGGUGGUGCCACUCGGUAUAAUAGCAAGUAUUCUAAUUAUUUUGUACGUGCGAAUAAGAAGCAAAAUGAAAAAGACAUCAACAACGAAAAUGAUUAUAAUGCCGCAAAUAUAA